GCCACAAUGAACGAGACCGGUUAUCACCAUGUUCCGGCCGAAUCUCUCGAACUCCCAACUCCUAUUCUUUUUGUAUCGUCAAACUCCUCGGACUUACAGAGUCUUGCAACGACUCAACACAGCACGCUUGGAGCUACACACACACACAGUCAUGCUCACCACCGCUAGCAGUACUCUCCUAAGAUCAAAGUCUGCUUCCUUCAUCCGGACGACCACCACAAUCUAUCUCCGAGCAGCUAACAUGUCUACCAGCGCUUCCGACAGACUCGUCUUGACGUCACGUUCACCUAACAACUCCGUCGCCAUCCUUACAUUGAACCGACCCAAGGCUCUCAACGCCUUGUCAAGCCCACUAUUCGAGCAAUUGAACGAGGAGCUUGAGAAGGCGGACGAGGAUGAGAGUGUCAAGGCCAUCGUCCUUACUGGAGGAGAAAAAGCCUUUGCGGCUGGAGCAGAUAUCAAGGAGAUGAAGGAUAAGCAAUAUGCCGAGGUAUACAAGACAAACUUCCUUGGAUCAUGGACCAAAAUGUCCAGUAUUCGAAAACCCAUCAUCGGAGCUGUCUCUGGUUACGCUCUCGGUGGUGGAUGUGAACUCGCCAUGCUCUGUGAUAUCCUUCUCUGCACACCGAACGCCACGUUCUCCCAACCCGAAAUCACCCUCGGUAUCAUCCCGGGAGCAGGAGGAACACAGCGAUUGACUCAUCUGAUCGGCAAAGCCCGAGCCAUGGACAUGGUUCUCACCGGUCGAAAGAUCAACGGAACGACUGCUGGCGAAUGGGGACUGGUCUCUCGAGUCGUCGGUGAAGGCGAGAACGUGGUAGAUGAAGCUGUCAAGGUCGGAGAGACGAUCGCAGGGUUCGGCGCUGUGGCUGUUCAAGCAGGCAAAGAAGCUGUCAAUGAGGCGCUCGAGCUCCCCCUGGACCAAGGACUGCGAUAUGAACGAAAACUGUUCCAUUCACUCUUUGCAACUGCGGAUCAGAAGGAAGGUAUGGGAGCCUUUGCAGAAAAGCGAAAGCCAUCCUGGACCAACCAGUAGAUUUCGUAGACGUAAAACAGCAGCAGACUGGCGAAGACAUUCAGGAUACGCUACAUGCAUUCGCUACAU